CCUUCAAAGGCCAGCCCUUCUUCCUUAGAAGCGCCGAAGACUAUCGAGAAGGUUUGCAGAGUGUCCCCAGAGCGGACUUUGGAUUGAGUGGAGAAGGACAUUCGUGGGCCGUCCAGACUGUAGACCACCAAACAGAUCAACACCUAGAAUGGCCACUGCAAGCACCUCUGGACAAAGUCCCUUUGGGCUGGGCAGGAAGAAGAGGGCCCCUGGUCUCCUGGAUCAGAUUGGCAGGUUCUUUGGAGGAGACAAAAAGAGAAAGGGAAAGGGCUCAUUUCGUGGUCAUCUAUCCUCCUCUCCACAGAGACCCCAGCACUCUUCCACCCGUCGUCGUGGAGAUGUCAACCCUGUGGUGCAUUUCUUCAGGAGCUUUGUGUCUUCUCCUCGUCCCAAGUCGAGGUGGAGAGAACUGUUGGGUCUGGCUUCCCCGUCAACGCGUGGCUCGGAGAGCAUUAGAUCGCCUCACAGACGCAGAAGGGAACAGAACACACUCUCCAGAAUCUUCAACCUGGGAGAAAGCCGAUCUCGCUCUCCACCCAAACGCUGGAGCACCAUCUUCUGAGCCCUUGUCCGACCAGAAAAACACCAAGAUGGAAGAGAGUGAAACGGAUGAAAAGCAAAAACUUGAGAGGGAGGAUCUCUGCCCUUUAGAUUCACAAGUCGCAGCAAGUUUAACAGACUAACAUUGGCCAUCUUCGCUUCCAAGAUAGAGAUACAAUCCAAGUAUCUGUUGUUACAUGCCUGCAGGGUUUUAUAAGCAUGUGUGAACUGUAUGUGUGCAAAACUGCUGCAAUAAUUGUCAAUGGUCAGGAGAUGUGAUAGUUAAACGUCUAGUUGCUAUAUUGGAAGUCUCCCUCCAAAAUUUAGUUAGAAAAUGUCCAAGAGGAUCACCAUCCCUCAGAAAUGCAGAUUAACCAAGAGGUUUGAUUAUGAGUCUUAAUUGACCGAACUAGACAGACUAUUUCUCUGUUUGAACCAUUAAACAUUAAAGUAAGAUAUAAUGGCCAUCAAGACCCCAUUAUUUUAUAAUUCUGAAUUCACCUCAGAUGCAUCUUACACAGUGGGCUGCUUGUGUGCUAUCGAGCAUUUGAUGUGUGACAUUAGUCCUUGUUCUACAGUGAAGAAGACUCCAUGGUUGAGAUCAAUGUUCAGCCUCAGUGAUGUGCAGUGUAUUUGUGGAUAUUUGCGUUAAUUGUGGUCCUUGUGUUGUGUUAUAUAUUGGUUAUUUCCUUUGUACCAAGAACAACAUGAAAAAAUGAUGACCAAUUAACAUUUCCCUAAUAUAAAAUGUGAUUUAUUUCAGUAAUUUUUUAGCUCUUUUAUUAGAAACAUGCCUUAAAAUUAUUAAUCAAAGACUAAAAACAUGAUUUUGUGGAAUAAGGUAUAGAUUCUAAGCAUAUCUGAUGCUUGAAUUGUAUGCCCUCAGAUGUUCCACUGCACUAUGUGUGUUAAAACAGCCUGUACAUGUUGUCUGCGUCAUUACGUCUGCAAUUUUGAUGUUAUUUUAGAAAGGUCUCAUGUAAUUACCAGGCGAAGGAUUAAUAUUUAAAUAACAGAUGUGCAGAAAUCUAGGACAGUCACUGGGAGCAUAAAGGGUAUGAAACCGGUGGAAGGAAACCUGAAAGUGUAUGAGGGAUUAUGUGAGAAAUGAUAAGGAAUUCUGAAAGAGUGAGGAGGAGUUUAUUCAGCUGAUUUUUAUUUCUGUGAUGUUUCUCACAUGUCUUAAUAAUGUUCAUUGUUUCGUGUCUCAUAGACUCUUCCUGUAUGUACUGUUUCUGAAAUACUGCUGAAUAAACAUUAGGUCAAAUAUUCUCCCUGUCAGCGCUGGAUUUGUCUCCAAAAUGGUGCUACAAGUGUUCAUGAUGUAAUAUCUUUAACCCUCCCUUUAUUUAUAUAGUAACUUAAAUAAAGAUUCAGAAAUGUA